AUGCUGUCCCAUUUGCGCUUCCACCGGCGAGGGCCCUCAACCCCGACCUCGCCGGCACCAGAUCAGCCCUCACCUUCGUCUCAAUCUCCUCUCAACGCCGACUCGCCGUCUCCUCUUGACGCGCAGCUGGCGGCGUCUGCUUCUGCCUCUGCCGCCUCUGCUCCCGCCUCAACCUCCCUGCCGCCGACUCUGCCGCCAAUAGCCCGCGUGACGUCAAACGAACUCAACCUAGAUGCUCCCCGGGUCGAAGAGAGGCGGGAUGUCGAGAAGCCAGCGCAGCCGCCCGCCAACCGCCCGCCACAAUCCCAGAGGCCUGGAUACAGCAGCACUGGAUCGGGAUUCAUUGGUGGUGUCGCUUUGCGGAACUACCAGCGGAACGUGGCGGCACAACAAGCUGGCGACAGCUCCAAGUUUGACGGCCAUGCCCAAACUUCGCAUCAGGCGCCCGCCCUGAACAACGUCGAUCUGCCAACAAGGCCAUCGCCGCAGACGCUGGGCGGUUCAAAGGCUACAGCUUCGCAUAGUACCAGCAGCGUACCUUACUCCUCUUCAUCCAACCAGCGACUCCCCGGAUCUACACAUUCAAGUAGUGUAUUAAAUAUUGAGCCUCAAAAGGGAAAGAAAGGGCUGCCAUUUCUCAAGAACCCAAUGUCUACGCUGUUACUGAGGAGAAAGAACAACCAAAGCCUUCAGAAUGCCCUUCCUCCCCCCCUAAGCGGGCGAUCGGAGGAAUUCACCUAUGAUCCUCGUAUCAAGGGCACUCGGGUGCAUGACUUUAGUGCGCCAAGGCGCAAAACAAACGCUCCUGCCAACGAUACCGUUGCCAUUCGCUCUGCUUCCUUGGCCAACAUUGCGCUCGAAUCAGGUGUUGGCCCUCGCGACGGAGCAGAUAGCCGGGGACCUGUAGUAUUGGAUGGACAGCAACAGCGUCGCAUGCUGAGCAGCGCGUCAGACCCAGCCCGCCCUGAAUCUGGGAGUACGAAUUCGCACACUAUUGCUCAAUCAUCCAGCGUAUCUUCCGCUAGGACCGGCUCUUCUACUGCAGAGCAAGCCUUCCCGUAUGAUGACUAUAUGACUAUGAAGAAGAAUGAUUCGGCUCUCCAAGCAAAUCCCUCAAUAACCUCUCAGAUGCCCGCCCAGGAUACCGACGGCUCCAGGACGGUGGCUGGUUCUAUACGAACUACCCGAUCCAGAAACGUAUCUCUUUCAUCCAUACCGAGACACAUGAAGAGCACAUCUUCACGAUUCAGCUUUGACAUGAUCGGGGCCGCCAAGCAGGAAAAGCUCUUGGAAGAACGACAUCGACAGCGAGAGCUGGAACAGAAGGCAGCACAGACUGAGACGAGGGAUUCUCGCUUCGACGACUUUGACGAAGACUCGUUUGAUUACGACGCUAUGAUGGAUGACGAUGGACUGGAAGAAAGGAUACCAGGAGUCAACGCCGAUUAUGAUGAGGAAGAAGAACCUUAUUUCGAUGAUCAAUAUUAUGAACAAGAGGCCCAGUACAUCGAAGAUGAGUUGGAUCCAGACAAUGAUCAAGAGAAUUUUGCUGGCUUUGCUUUUCAGCGAUCUGACGUGGAUUCCUCCGUAGCAACUCCACAGAGCGGAGGGAUGAUGGCAACACCUAGAGACAUUGACGGCGAAGACAUUGGUUAUACAAUGACUAAAGAUGCGACAGAGUUGCCGAUGGACUCUUUGUUGCCCGAGUCUGGUUUGGUUCCCAAUCAGGAGACCGAUGCUGAGGUGUCUGGUCUGGGGAUCCAAGGCGUUGAUGUUGAUGCUCCUUUCCAAACACCAGGCGACUCGAGCUCGGACCCUAUGGCUGUGCUACCGGCAGCUGGUAUACGCCGUAGUAUCAGUGAAGACGAGCUAUAUUUUGAUGGAGAAAUGGCGGGUUUCGGAGGUGUAUUCGCCGAAGAUUUAGCCGGGGGCCCUAUAGAAGAUGACGUGCCUUUUGACGAGUCGUUAUUUGACAAUGAUGACACUGAUCAGUUUGGUCGGCCUCUGGCUGGAGCUUUUGCAUUGGCGAAAUCUCAGCGUGAAAAGAAAAGCAAACAAGGGACACCGGAUCAAGGGACACCAGGUCAGAAGACACCAGAUCAAAAGACGGCGGAGCAAGAGCCAGACAUACCAGAAGUACCAGAAGUACCAUCUCAAAUCUCGGAAUCAUUGCAUACUUUUCAACCAGAGACGCAAACGCCAUCAAGCAUCGAUGAAGAGCAGUUGGAUGAGACUGCUGUUCCUGACACUGACGCUGACGCUCUAAGCGACUUGCCUCCUAUUUCUGGGACUAACAUCGUUGCGCCCCAACCUACGACUUACAAUGCGAAUCCUAUUGUUGCCUACCAGGCUGCUCUGGCUGCAGCCGCCCAGAAAGCCGCCGAGGCUGGCAUGUUUGAACGCGUGAUGCCUCAGUCCCCCACCGGCGCAGAUGCCCAAGGCCAGCAGCCCUCUGCAGACCUCGACGAGCUGGACGCGACUUAUCACGAUGACCCAUACGACGAUUACGGAUAUGCUUAUGACGAUAUGGAUGAUUUCGAGAUGGAUGAUGAUGCCAUUAUCGCGGAAGCAAAUGCCAGCGCGCUUGCAAACGAUGCCGAAGGAUGGUAUGGCCAAGAAUUCGGCUUUUAUGCUGCCCCGGCUGGCAACAACGCAGCUGCCAACUUGGAAAGUUAUGGAUACGCUGCUGGUGGGUUUUUUGGUCCCAAGGGCGCAAACAGUUUGAAUCGCAGCGUUAGCGGCCGGGUAAUAUCAAGAGAACCCAAUCUGACACCCAUCACCGAGCGAUCUGAAUAUUCCAAUAGAAACUCUCUCAUGAGUCUCGGCAUGCCGCCAAUCAGCGGUACACCCAUCAUCCAGAGCCCUGGACUAGCUCAGCUAGCCAUGAUGGCAGACCGAGGAGACGAGAUGAAUUUGUCAGCUCUCCUUCGACUAAGGUCUAGGGCGUGGGGAGGGUCACAGGCAAGCUUGGCUUCUAGUAAUGGUGGCUCCCCACGAUCCGAGAGAGGAGAUAUUCCAAGCUCGCCACGAGGGUCUGUCUUUAUUCCCGGUUUCCCUCCUACUGUUGGUCAUACACGCAAGAAUUCGGCAUUCUCCGUUGUAAGCCGCGAGUCGGACACUGGCAGUGCCCCUGCCAGUCCUACACUUACAAUGCCAAUGUCGUUUCUCAACCACAGAUCGUCAGCUGAUGCUACUUUCAUCAACCGCGAAGCAGACCUGCCAGCAGGCUGGGGAGCGGCCUCAGUGUCGCCCGUGCAAAUGGGAUCGAAUUUUUUCCAAGAGGGUGUUUCCCCGCUUAGCGAUCCUCAAUGCCCGCCUCCUACUUUUACAAUGCCCUGUGGUGUACAUCCGCAUGCGAUGAGCAAUAAUCAAGGAGCUUCAAGCCCAGAAAAAGGCCACCGACGACAGAAGGGUUCGACUGAUAGUGUAUCAUAUAUGAUGGAGGAAGAGAGUGGAGAGACGCGGUGGGUCAUGGAACGCCGGCGAACGGGAGAGUUUGGACAGGUGGAGAUUUUGGAGCGAGAAGUUGUCGAAGGAGGACGGAUAUAG